UUACUAUUAUUAUUAUUCAGAAGGUGAACCCUAUUCAUGUGGAACUAUCAAGCAACUAAGACGAGAUAAAGGCAAAUCCAGAAAGAAGAGAUCCCCUUAUUAACGAAGAUAAAAUGAUAGAUUAAUAGAUUAACAAACAGAUAAAAACGUUUUAAAUUGCAAGGGGAAUAGUAUUAUUAUUAUUAUUAUUGUAUCGCACCUACACCUGAACUUCUGGGGAGAAGUUCCAAUAGCACGACUUCCUCUGGGAGGCUGUUCCAACGUCCUAUGGUGUGAGGAAUGAAGGACCUUUCAAAGGAACUGCGUGGGAAGUUCGACACCGAGAAUAUGAACUGCAUAUUGGUGCCGCUGUUCGGCGAAUCUGAUCGCUCUCGGCAGGUCUGCGUCAGUGAGAUCAGCGCCAUGUCCAAGGACCCGUACUACCAGCUGGCCCGGAACAGCGGCGCCGCUACUAGUGCGGACGGCAUGAGUCUGCCGUCGUUCCCCUCCACCUCCUUCUGGUACGAUGCCCACGCCCACUCCUCCGUCGGCAUCAGCAUUUUCCCUCAGCCUCCCUCCGCCGCCGACGACCCGGGACCCUCCUCCUCCUCCUCCGCCUACAACUACAAGCAAGAACACUGCGAGGCGAAGAACCUGCAGAACGGGCGAGAGGGCUUCGAGUGCUGGACGGAUGGCCUGCAUCAGAGCAACCUGCAGAAAACAUUCGACGGCCAGUACUGGAGCGAGGGGAGCACACAGAGGGGCUUCGACCCCCCGUGCAAUGUUUCUGGAGGGCCAGUCGAGUACGAGCCCUCGAGGCAUUCCUUGCAGCUGCUGUCCUCCUCCGAAGUUGUUCCUCCUCAGCAGGAGGUUCACAUCGGUGGAGGAGGUGGAGUCAUAGCGGGAGGGUCGUCCUCCUCCUCCUCCUCCUCCUCCAUGUACGUGAUGGAGACCAGCUCCCAGGACGAGUACGACGACCGGCUGACGAACAACUCCGUCAUCAGCAGCGAAGAGUACUACCCCCACAGCAACAGCAGCAGCGACGCGGCGCUGUGCAGUAAGAAGAAGACGUCGGAGGGCGCGGCGGCUUCCUCCGAGGACCCCAAAAAGAACCAGAAGAAACUGAAGAAGGAGACGAAGGAGAAAGUGAAAGAGGAGAAAAAGUGCGGGGUCUGCGGCGACGCCGCUCGGAGCAUGCACUUCGGCGGGAUGGCCUGCGAUUCGUGCAAAGCCUUCUUCAGGAGGUCCGUGCAGAGUGGCGCCUACAAAAACUUCCAGUGUCCCGAAAAUGAACAGUGUCCCAUUUCCAAACAGAAUCGUAAAGUGUGUCAGUACUGCAGAUUCAAGAAGAGUCAAGAGAAUGGAAUGGAAAUUAGCUGGGUUAUGUCAGAAACUGACAGAAUGACACUGUGGAAAAAUCGUCUGGCCAAGCAGAGACAUGUACAGGAAGAAAAAAUAAAAGACGAAGUGUAUGGUGAUUUGCCACGAACCCUAGAUCCAGAUGAAGCUGACAAACUGAGAAAUUUGGCAUUAAUACAGGAAUCCACAUUUGCCUCUCUUCCGUACCCAGAAGACUGUUAUGGUGACCGUGUAGAAUCUUUAGCUAAUCUUUUUGUAUGCAUUUGCAAAAAACUUGGUAUGUUUUUCUACAAGAUUCAAGACUUUGGUGAAAUAUGUAAAAAUGAUCAGUCUUUAUUGCUCAAAAAUGGUAUUGGUAUGUCAAUAUACCUUCAUGGUGCAUAUAUGUACGAUUAUGAGAAUGAGAUAUGGCCAGCUGAAAAUAAUAAAGAGGCUUUCAAAAUACCAAGAGUGAGUAUGCACACACUUAAAAAAUUUACAGUUUACCCUGAUGCCUUUAAUGCCAUCAUGAAAUUUUACAAAAAAUAUGGCAAGGAACUCAAAGAUGAAAUUAUUCUAGCUUUGAUGUGUAUAAUAGCAUUUUUUCAGCCUGAUGACCCACAGUUCCGAUAUCCAGGUAAAAUACAGGAUAUUCAAGUAACAUACUUAGAGCAUCUUAGGCAUUACUUAUUAGCAAAGGAAGGUGAUAGUGGUGUGAAAGUAACAUUCCCAAAACUGUUAGUUGGGCUUGCAGAUAUUAGAGAAAUAUUGGAGUUCCAUAGUAAAGUAGAUAUCAAACCUACCAUUAAUCAUCAGCAGAUUGUUACACAGUCUUCUCUAAAACAUCAGAUGGCAGCAGUGCAUGAUGUAUUUGCCAAAGGUUCUCAGGGUUUCUUCCCCGAUUUUUCAUCAGUAUUGACUUCAUCUGAAAAGCAGCAUCCCAUCUGGAAGCGAAAUGAGAGAUCCCUCAGUAGAAGGCAUCGCCAAAGAUCAGGUGCAGCGGUACAUGCUGGUGAUCAGUUUUAUCAUCCACAGACAAACCAAAUAUUUGGUUCUGAUCCAAGAACUGAUAUGAUUAUUACAAAUCCAAUGGAUCAGAUUGACCGAUUUAUCAAGAAGCACAAGCUCUCCAUUGCACAAGUGAGUGAGGUGGCAGAUUAUAAUGGCCGUGGCGCAUUGCAACCAAAAUAUUUCAAGAGCAGUUAUGACAGCAGUUCCUCAAGAUCGGAUAAUGAGAUAGAGUAUCCACAACCAGAAGCCUCAGCUUCAAGACAGUUGCAGCUCAUACCUCAUAACAGUGGCUGGGAAAAUCGUUGCUCAUCUCCACCUACGGACAAGAAAAGAGCCGUUGAGGUUCUUUGUGACAUUUUAAAACAUAUUUCUUGCUCUAAUGAUGAUGAUGACCUCCUUCAGUCCUUGAAACAGAACUUACCCCCUCAGCUGCUGGAUAAUCUUGCUCAAAAACUGUCUCCUGUAUAGCAAUAAAUUUAUUUGGUGUUAGUUUUAGCCAUUAAUGGCAUUUACAAAUUUUAUAUAUGUAUAACCUAAUGUAUAUACACAGUGUGUACAUAUU